AUGUCCUCUCAAAAUAAAACUCUAAAAUCCACUGAGGAAUUGGCUCUCCAGACGCUCCUGCUUUUCGAGGUUGGGUGUGGGACACUGGCCAACAUUCUUCUGUUUGUUCAUAAUUUCUCUCCCAUCUUUACUGGCUCUCGACUGAGGCCCACACAGGUCAUUGUCACCAACUUGACUAUGGCCAAUGUGUUCGUUCUCCUCGUCACUGCAUUUCCAAACAACAUGAUGGUUUUUGUUCCAAGGAAUCCUCCAACUAACCUGAAAUGCAAAAUUGAGUUCUUCAUUCCCCUGGUGGCUCGAAGCACAAACAUGUGCUCCACCUGUGCCCUGAGCAUCCAUCAUUUUCUCACUCUUGUUCCUGGUCACUGGGGUAGGCUGAAGCCUCUAGGAAGAGCUCCUAAUGCCCUGAGUUAUUCUUGUUACAGUUGUUGGUUGUUCAGUGUCAUAAAUAAUGUCUACAUUCCAAUGAAAAUCAGGGGUCCACAGAGCACAGGCAAUGACACUCACAAUCAAGGCAAGUGGGUCUGCUCCACAUCUGGAUUCAGUGUAGGCAUUGUCAUCUUGCUUUUUGCCCAUGAUGCCAUAUUCAUCAGCAUCAUGGCCUGGACCAGUGUCUCCAUGGUGCUUCUCCUGCAUAGACAUCACCAGCGAACACAGCACAUCUUCACUGCCAAUCAGAACCACCGAGGCCAUGCUGAGACUAGAGCAGCCCACACCAUCCUCAUGCUUGUGGUCACAUUUGUUGGCUUGUAA